UCUAGGAGGCGCACUCAUGUGCACCCUUAAUCCCGAGGAGGAGGCUCACCUUGUGGCCAUGGCCAGUGAGGCCUUGAGUACCACGGAUUCGCCGAAGACAGGCAAGCCUCUGUCGCUCUUCGACGUCUGCUGGGACGACGUGCUCAUCCCGCAGGUGGCCGUCUACCUGUCGCUCAAGGAUCUCUUCAACCUGCGCUGCUGCUCGCGUACCGCCCACCGAUUCGUGCAGGCGGCCCUGGAGAAGCGCCAGGAGCUUCAUUUGUCCGGGAACAAUACAAGCAAUAUCGAAGAGGGCUUCCGAGUGCUGGCCCGCUGCUGCCACCGUCUGGAGGUUCUCCAUCUGGCCCGCUGCCGCUGGCUGACGGACGAAUUACUGCUUCCACUGCUGGCAAAUAACAAGAAACGCCUGUGGGCCGUCAACCUGAACGAAUGCAUCAAUAUCACGGCCCUGUCCCUGCAGCCCAUCAUCGUGGAGUGCAAGGAGCUGCGAGUGCUUAAACUGUCCAAGUGCCAGUGGCUGACCACUGGGGCCGUGGACGCCCUGACCCUGCACCAGAGCAAGCUGGUGGAGUUCGACAUCUCACACUGCGGCGCCAUUGGCGAACGCUGUCUGAUCAUCUUCUUCCGGAGGCUAAACAAGCUCACCGUCCUGUCGCUGGCCAAUACGCCCAGCGUCACUGACCAGGUGCUCAUCCAGAUUGGAAACUAUUGCCGGGAACUGGAGCACAUCAACCUGAUCGGCUGUGCGGCCAUCUCCGACUAUGGAGUGCACGCCCUCACCCAGAGCUGUCCUCUACUGCAGUCGCUGAUGGUGCAGCGCUGCCCGCUGGUCACGGAACGAGUCCUGGCCCCGCUACGCGGACGGGUGCACAUCGAUCGGCCGGGAAUGGGCUACAACCUGCCGGCCAUGCAGCACCACCGCCUGUUCCUGCAGGUGUGACUUACCUUUACAGAGAUUAACCCUGGGGACGGACCAAAACCUAGGAGGCUUUUGAGGCUUGCUGUAAAUACAUGCUUCGGCAUGGGACGCUUUAAUUUAAUUUUAAGCUUAAUCUUACACUCGUUGUUAACAUUAAUUUAGGCUGUACAAUAAACGUAUUUACUCCCUCCGAAA